UGGGCAUCUUCUCCAUCCUGGAAGAGGAGUGCAUGUUCCCCAAGGCCACAGACACCUCCUUCAAGAACAAGCUGUAUGAACAGCAUCUUGGAAAGUCUGCCAACUUCCAAAAACCCAAGGUGGUUAAAGGCAAGGCCGAGGGCCACUUCUCACUGGUGCAUUACGCCGGCAUCGUGGACUACAACAUUACUGGCUGGCUGGACAAGAACAAGGACCCCCUGAACGAGACGGUGGUCGGGCUGUACCAGAAGUCUGCAAUGAAGACUCUAGCUUACCUCUUCUCUGGGGCUCAAAGUGCUGAAGCGGGUGGCGGUGGGAGUGCCAAGAGAGGUGGUAAGAAGAAGGGCUCUUCUUUCCAGACCGUGUCUGCCCUUUUCAGAGAGAAUCUGAACAAGCUGAUGACCAACCUCAGGAGUACCCAUCCUCACUUUGUGCGGUGCAUCAUCCCCAAUGAAACAAAAACGCCUGGGGCCAUGGAGCAUGAGCUUGUCCUGCACCAGCUGAGGUGUAACGGUGUGCUGGAGGGCAUCCGCAUCUGUAGGAAGGGGUUCCCAAGCAGAAUCCUGUAUGCAGACUUCAAACAGAGAUACAAGGUAUUAAAUGCAAGUGCAAUCCCUGAAGGACAAUUCAUUGACAGCAAGAAGGCUUCUGAGAAGCUCCUUGGGUCCAUCGACGUUGACCACACCCAGUAUAAAUUUGGUCACACCAAGGUCUUUUUCAAAGCUGGCCUUCUGGGGCUCCUAGAGGAGAUGCGAGAUGACAAGCUGGCCCAGCUGAUUACUCGAACCCAGGCCAGGUGCAAAGGGUUCUUGGCAAGAGUGGAGUACCAGAAGAUGGUGGAGAGGAGGGAGUCUCUCUUCUGCAUCCAGUACAACAUCCGAGCCUUCAUGAACGUCAAGCACUGGCCCUGGAUGAAACUCUUCUUCAAGAUCAAGCCCCUGCUGAAGAGUGCGGAGACGGAGAAGGAGAUGGCCAACAUGAAGGAAGAGUUCGAGAGAACUAAAGAAGAACUUGCCAAGUCAGAGGCAAAAAGGAAGGAACUGGAAGAAAAGAUGGUGUCACUGUUGAAAGAAAAAAAUGACUUGCAGCUCCAAGUUCAGGCUGAAGCUGAAGGCUUGGCUGAUGCAGAGGAAAGAUGUGACCAACUGAUCAAAACCAAAAUCCAGCUCGAGGCCAAAAUCAAGGAGGUGACUGAGAGAGCUGAGGAUGAGGAAGAGAUCAAUGCUGAGCUGACGGCCAAGAAGAGGAAACUGGAGGACGAAUGUUCGGAACUGAAGAAAGACAUAGAUGACCUUGAGCUGACACUGGCCAAGGUUGAGAAGGAGAAACAUGCCACAGAAAAUAAGGUGAAAAACCUCACAGAAGAGAUGGCAGGUCUGGAUGAAAACAUCGCAAAGCUGACCAAGGAGAAGAAGGCCCUCCAGGAGGCCCACCAGCAGACCCUGGAUGACCUGCAGGCAGAAGAGGACAAAGUGAACACUCUGACCAAAGCUAAAACCAAGCUAGAGCAGCAAGUGGAUGACCUUGAAGGGUCUUUGGAGCAAGAAAAGAAACUUCGCAUGGACCUAGAAAGGGCUAAGAGGAAACUUGAAGGUGACCUCAAGUUGGCCCAAGAGUCCAUAAUGGACAUUGAAAAUGAAAAACAACAACUUGAUGAAAAGCUCAAAAAGAAAGAGUUUGAAAUCAGCAAUUUGCAAAGCAAGAUUGAAGAUGAACAAGCACUUGGCAUUCAACUGCAGAAGAAGAUCAAAGAGCUGCAAGCCCGCAUCGAGGAGCUGGAGGAGGAGAUCGAGGCAGAGCGGGCCUCCCGCGCCAAAGCAGAGAAGCAGCGCUCGGACCUCUCCCGGGAGCUGGAGGAGAUCAGCGAGCGGCUGGAAGAGGCCGGCGGGGCCACUUCGGUCCAGAUUGAGAUGAACAAGAAGCGGGAGGCCGAGUUCCAGAAAAUGCGCAGGGACCUGGAGGAGGCCACCCUGCAGCACGAGGCCACGGCGGCCACGCUGAGGAAGAAGCACGCGGACAGUGUGGCCGAGCUGGGGGAGCAGAUUGACAACCUGCAGAGGGUCAAGCAGAAGCUGGAGAAGGAGAAGAGUGAGCUGAAGAUGGAGAUCGACGACCUUAGCAGUAAUGCAGAGACCAUUUCCAAAGCCAAGGGAAACCUUGAAAAGAUGUGCCGCGCUCUAGAAGACCAAGUGAGUGAACUCAAGACAAAGGAGGAAGAGCAGCAGCGGCUGCUCAGUGACCUGACGGCUCAGAGAGCGCGCCUGCAGACGGAAGCGGGUGAAUAUUCCCGACAAUUGGAUGAGAAAGAUGCUUUGGUCUCUCAGCUUUCAAGGACCAAACAAGCAUCUACACAGCAGAUUGAGGAGCUGAAAUGUCAGCUAGAGGAAGAAACUAAAGCCAAGAGCGCCCUGGCCCACGCCCUGCAGUCCUCCCGCCACGACUGUGACCUGCUGCGGGAACAGUAUGAGGAGGAGCAGGAAGCCAAGGCUGAGAUGCAGAGGGCGCUGUCCAAGGCCAACAGCGAGGUGGCCCAGUGGAGGACCAAAUACGAGACGGACGCCAUCCAGCGCACGGAGGAGCUGGAGGAGGCCAAGAAGAAGCUGGCCCAGCGUCUGCAGGAAGCUGAGGAACAUGUAGAAGCCGUGAACGCCAAAUGCGCUUCCCUUGAGAAGACCAAGCAGCGGCUCCAGAAUGAAGUGGAGGACCUCAUGCUUGACAUGGGGAGGUCUAAUGCUGCCUGCGCAGCACUCGAUAAGAAGCAAAGGAACUUUGACAAGGUCCUAUCAGAAUGGAAACAGAAGUAUGAGGAAACCCAGGCUGAACUUGAGGGCUCCCAGAAGGAGUCCCGUUCUCUCAGUACGGAGCUGUUCAAGGUCAAGAAUGCCUACGAGGAAUCCCUGGAACACCUUGAAAUGCUAAAGAGAGAAAAUAAGAACUUGCAGCAGGAGAUUUCUGACCUCACUGAGCAGAUUGCUGAGGGAGGGAAGCAAAUCCAUGAACUGGAGAAAAUAAAGAAGCAAGUGGAACAAGAGAAAUGUGAAAUUCAGGCUGCCUUAGAGGAAGCAGAGGCAUCUCUUGAACACGAAGAGGGAAAGAUCCUGCGUAUCCAGCUGGAGUUGAACCAAGUCAAGUCUGAAGUUGAUAAGAAAAUCGCUGAAAAAGAUGAGGAAAUUGACCAGCUGAAGAGGAACCACAUUAGAGUCGUGGAGUCCAUGCAGAGCACGCUGGAUGCUGAGAUCCGGAGCAGAAAUGAUGCCAUCAGGCUCAAGAAGAAGAUGGAGGGAGACCUCAAUGAAAUGGAAAUCCAGCUGAACCACGCCAACCGCACAGCUGCUGAGGCCCUGAAGAACUACAGGAACACCCAAGCCAUCCUCAAGGAUACCCAGCUCCAUCUGGAUGAUGCUCUCCGGGGCCAAGAGGACCUGAAGGAGCAGCUGGCGAUCGUGGAGCGCAGAGCCAACCUGCUGCAGGCCGAGAUCGAGGAGCUGCGGGCCACCCUGGAGCAGACGGAGAGGAGCAGGAAGAUGGCGGAGCAGGAGCUCCUGGAUGCCAGCGAGCGUGUCCAGCUCCUGCACACCCAGAACACCAGCCUGAUCAACACGAAAAAGAAGCUGGAGACAGACAUCUCCCAAAUCCAGGGAGAGAUGGAGGACAUUAUCCAAGAAGCUCGCAAUGCAGAAGAGAAGGCCAAGAAGGCCAUCACUGACGCAGCCAUGAUGGCCGAGGAGCUGAAGAAGGAGCAGGACACCAGCGCCCACCUGGAGCGGAUGAAGAAGAACCUGGAGCAGACGGUGAAGGACCUGCAGCACCGCCUGGACGAGGCUGAGCAGCUGGCCCUGAAGGGCGGGAAGAAGCAGAUCCAGAAGCUGGAGGCCAGGGUGCGUGAGCUGGAAGGAGAGGUUGAGAGUGAGCAAAAGCGUAGUGCGGAAGCUGUCAAGGGCCUGCGCAAACAUGAGAGGAGAGUGAAGGAACUCACCUACCAGACGGAAGAAGAUCGGAAAAAUAUACUCAGGCUUCAGGACUUGGUAGAUAAACUUCAGGCAAAAGUGAAAUCUUACAAGAGACAAGCUGAGGAGGCUGAGGAACAAUCCAAUACAAAUCUAUCUAAAUUCCGCAAGCUCCAGCAUGAACUGGAGGAGGCAGAGGAAAGAGCUGACAUUGCUGAGUCCCAGGUCAACAAGCUGCGGGUGAAGAGCCGGGAGGUUCACACGAAAGUCAUAAGUGAAGAGUGAUCAUGUCCUGACGCUAUGGAAUGACUGGAGAGAAGCACAAAAUGUGAAGUCUUUGGUCAUUUCUCUCUGUAAUUAUUGUCUAUCCUGCCCUACUGCAAAAGAAAUAAAGAGCGUAGGGCACUGUGCAAGCAA